CCGUGCUAAAUGUCAACAGAAUCAGCUGUUGUUGGUCACGGAAGAAUUUAGUGUUUAAUCGCCGAAAUGUUAAUGUCAGUUAACUAAUUUACCAUAUAUAUUUAGGUAACAGGUGCUUAACACAAAAGAUGCAACCGAAUAGUGUGAUUCGAACGUUCAAAUGCAUAAAAAAUGUAUCUAAAAUUCACAGUGGAACACACAGGUUAUUUCAUAAAUCAACAUCAAAUGCAAUAGAGUUUACAAGCGUUAGAUAUCCAAACCUUAAAAGAGGCCAGUAUAGCAAUGUUAGUGAUGUAGACAUUGCAGCCUUUGAGAAAAUACUGCCAGGUGCUCAGCGGGUGAUUACAGAUGCUUCAGAACUCGAGGGUUACAAUACAGACUGGAUUAAAACAUGCAGAGGAAGAAGUCAAGUUUUGCUCAAACCAAAGGAGACUGAGGAAGUGUCUGCAAUUUUGAAAAUCUGCCAUGAACGAAAUCUUGCUGUUGUGCCACAGGGUGGUAACACAGGGCUGGUAGGGGGAAGUGUGCCAGUGUUUGAUGAGAUCAUCAUCUCAACGCAGUUGAUGAACACGGUCAUCAGCCUCGAUUCACUUUCUGGUAUUCUGACUUGUCAAGCUGGAUGCAUUCUGGGAAACCUUAAUGAUUAUGUCUCAGAACACAACCUUACCAUGCCGCUCGAUCUUGGCGCCAAGGGUAGUUGCCAUAUUGGGGGUAACCUGGCAACUAACGCUGGAGGUGUGCGGUUGCUAAGAUACGGUUCCCUACAUGGAAGUGUUCUUGGCCUUGAAGCAGUAUUACCAGACGGUGAAGUGUUGGACUGCAUGUCAUCAUUACGGAAGGACAACACCGGUUAUGAUCUCAAACAGUUGUUCAUUGGCUCCGAGGGAACUCUUGGUAUCAUCACAGCAGCUUCCAUACUGUGUCCGCAGAAAUCCCAGGCCGUCAACGUUGCUUUUUUAGGUGUGGACAGCUUCGAUCGUGUUCUAGAAGUGUUUAAAGAAAGCAAACACCAGUUGGCGGAGAUCUUGUCAGCCUUUGAGUUUCUGGACAGUGAAGCCCUCGCUGUGUGUACAGACAACCUGAAACUAAACAGUCCAUUAUCUAGUCACCCUUUCUAUGUGCUUAUUGAAACUUCAGGUUCAAACAGUGCUCAUGAUGAAGAAAAGUUAAACACCUUUCUCGAAAGUAUGAUGGACGCGGGUAAGGUGCUGGAUGGAACUGUGGUAGCUGAACCGACUAAGAUACAGUAUAUCUGGGGCCUUAGAGAGCGGGUCGCCGAGGGUCUCAUGCAUGACGGCUACUGCUACAAGUACGAUGUCUCUCUUCCGCUGUCUGCCUUCUACCAACUUGUAACCGAUAUGCGGGCUCGUAUCGGCUCUAAGGCAACCAGAGUGAUCGGUUAUGGACAUGUCGGCGAUGGAAAUCUACACUUUAAUGUCACUUCACCCCAAUACGAUCCAGAGGUUAUGGCGCUGAUCGAGCCGUUCAUCUAUGAUUGGGUGGCAAACUACAAAGGGAGUAUAAGUGCAGAGCAUGGCCUGGGUUUCAAGAAACGAGAGUACAUCUACCAUAGCAAGUCCCGGUCGGCUGUGAAAAUGAUGAAGGCCUUGAAAACCCUGGUGGACCCGAACGGCAUAUUGAACCCAUACAAGUUCUUACCAGAUCACUGAAUCAGGGGGUUAGAGCCUGGCCGAUAUUCACGUAUCGUCUUCAAUGUGACUUUCAGAAGGAAUACGUUAAAUCUACAAAUUAUUUUUAUUCAAUAUUUGAUAUUUGUGUCAAUAAUUCAAAAUCAAACAAUUCGUAUCAUUAACACGUGGUUGACAAUUUGUGCUCAUAAAGUAGCAAUGGUACAGCAAAAUAAAACUUGUGGUUGUGAGUCUUCAGUCUUUAAUUCAGACACAGGAAUUUUGUGAAUUUGAAUUCUGUACUCGUUAUAGAUGCUAUUGAGUAUUGUGGACGUUUGUUGGGUCGACAUGAAUGUGUGUCUGCUCAUAUCAAAAAGUUUAUGCUUCAAUAAAAAAUCAGGAGAUAAA